AUGUUGCCUUCAUCAGUGCGCCGUGUCGUCGCCUCCGCCAUCUCCUCUACCCCUCAGACCGGUGUUGUGUCUUCCUUCGCCUCAGCCACUAUAAAGACUACUCCUGUCUUUGUUCAAAAUCAACAGCGACGAUACUCCUCCUCGAAACCCUCCAAAUCCGACAAUGGUCCCAACGACAUCUCAGCCAGUCAGUCGGUUCCUGCUACUUCAACGCCCAAGUCGGGCGGCGAGAAGCGGAAACGCAAGAGCAACAAGGAUGCCUCCGAUCGAGCGGCUUCUAUGAAGAAGCUGCCCAGCGUCCCCAGCACGCAUCACAUGUCACAAGAAGCUCUUGGUCUAUCAAGUUUCUUCUCACUACACAGACCGAUCUCUGUUACCCAAACCAUGCCCCGAGCCGUGUCCGAUGAGCACUUUGCCUCUAUCUUUGCCGCACGAAGCAGAAACAACAAGCUGGCCGACACCGAAUCGACGCUCUCCAGUACUAUCGAGCAGCUGGAAGGUCCUAUGGCCCAGAUGACCAUUGGUGGACAAGAGGGCCAGGAGGUCAUGCACAAGGUUGAUAUCAAGAAUCCCGAUGGUACCGAGUCGAGCAUGUACCUCCAGAUUGAUACCAUGUCUGGGGAAUUCCUCCCCUUCCGGCCUCCCCCUCUGCCACAAGCCCAGGCUGCUGGCGAGCCAGAGAGUGCUGUUGCGGAAGCGGAAGCCGUGGAGGACGUUCCCCAGCACCGUGUCUACAAGGCCCUCUUCACCAUUGAGGAGUCUACCGACCCCGAUGGUCAGAUCCGCAUCAUGGCUCAUAGCCCCCGAAUCAUGCAAGAUCAACCACGAAGCUUUCUCGAGCGUCUGGCCCUCCGCCAACUCAAAUUUGAUGAGGCACAAGGCCGCCGCGAUAUGCACGCUAUUAGUGUAAAGAGACAACGGAAGCUCAAGAUGAAGAAGAAGAAGUACAAGAAGUUGAUGAAGAGGACGCGAGUCCUGCGCCGCAAGUUGGAUCGAACUUAG